UACUAUUCGCAACCCUUGUCGCGGUGUUUUGUCAUCAAGGUUCGUCAUAUUACUGCGUCCAAACGUGUGGGAACGUCGAAUCUUUUCACAGAUCUCGGGGUCUUUUUUUGUAACUGCAAAUAUGGCUCGAAACGCAGAAAAGGCCAUGACGGCCUUGGCUCGCUUUAGGCAAGCCCAGCUGGAGGAAGGCAAAGUUAGGGAAAGAAGACCAUUUCUUGCAUCAGAAUGUAAUGAGUUACCCAAAGCGGAGAAGUGGAGAAGACAGAUCAUUAGUGAAAUCUCCAAGAAGGUGGCCCAGAUUCAGAAUGCUGGUCUGGGUGAAUUUAAGAUCAGAGACCUCAACGACGAAAUCAACAAGCUGCUCAGAGAGAAGGGCCACUGGGAGGUUCGGAUCAAAGAACUCGGAGGUCCUGACUAUGGGAAAGUGGGACCAAAAAUGCUUGACCAUGAGGGCAAAGAGGUUCCGGGAAAUCGAGGAUAUAAGUAUUUUGGCGCUGCUAAAGACCUGCCCGGUGUCCGAGAACUGUUUGAGAAAGAGCCCGCCCCUCCACCCCGAAAGGCCCGUGCCGAGCUGAUGAAGGAGAUCGACGCCGAGUACUAUGGCUACAGAGACGAGGACGAUGGCAUGCUGGUGCCCUUGGAGCAGGAGUAUGAGAAACAGGCCAUAGCCGAGGCCGUGGAAAAAUGGAAAGCAGAGAAGGAGGCGCGUCUGGCUGGAGGUGAAGGAGGAGGAGUAGGAGAAGAGGAGGAAGAGGAGGAGCACAUCUAUGCUGUCCAAGCAGAAGAGCACUCGGACGAGGAGACGAGGGAUCAGAUGGAGGGAGAGGAAGGCGUUCAGUCCUUCAUCGCUCAUGUCCCUGUGCCCUCACAGAAGGAGAUUGAGGAGGCCUUGGUGAGGAGGAAAAAGAUGGAGCUGCUUCAGAAGUAUGCCAGUGAGAGCCUCAUGGCUCAGAGUGAGGAGGCUAAAGCCUUGCUUGGGCUGUAGUGACCUCCUCUUUCGAGUUGUGUGUGUGUGUGUGUGUGUGUGUGUGUCUGUGUUACCAUAUGCGUGCGUGCGAGCGAGAGAGAUGGAGAGGGUGGGAAAAUGUUCAAAAUGAUGUAACAGCCAGAGGAGAAUAAUUGUGAAACAGGGCAGUUCUAAGUGCAAAACGUCUUUGUUGCCAUCCCUCUGAAGUGGUUAUGACGGAAUAUAACUGUAAAUAUCUGUUUUGUAUACAUUUCUUUUGCUGAGUAAACUAUUUUCUACAAACAUGUAA